AUGUGUGUCAAAGGAAAUGCUUCAAGCUUUCCAUUUCCAGUCUUUCAAAAUGACGCAUGUGCAAAUGGAAAGUCUACAAAAGCGUUGUAUGUGAUGGAAUGUAAACAAAACUGGGAUAAAAAAGAACUUGUUGAUGCGAGAGCUUUUGUAAGUGCUUUUGAGAUACUUCAAAAUGAAUUUCGUGAAAUAUCUAAUUUUUCUGAAUUAUGUGAGGUUUUAUUUCAUAAUUUUAUGAACUAUCAAUUGCUAUGGAAAUAA